UUGCAGGCAGACGCUUUAUCGUCUGAGCCGCCAGGAGAGAAAGCCCUUAAAACUGUGUUGAGAGGCAUCAACUAAGGAUGUGCCCACAGGGUGGCAAGCAAUAACUGCAAAGUUCAGAUCACACACCAACGCGGCCCCCUUUCGCAUCCAAACACCUGUGCUUAUGCUCGAUUAAAAACAAUAACAACAAACUUUUAUUUCCUAUUUUGGUAGGGAGAGUUGAUCGGGGCGGGACACCAGUAUAUAAACAUAAACAUUUCUGUUAAGUCAAAUGUCCUUCACAAACCAGCGUAGGGGAAGAACGGAUGAAUUUCCUGAAGAAAGGUUAACGAAGAUAUGGAAAGGUCAAUUUCUGGCUUGCUCGCUCCAUCUCUACUGGGCACGCAAAAAGAAAAUACCAGGAAGACGGAACUUCAGCUAAAGGCGACACUGUUCCAAGUCUGAGGCACUGGGAAAUGACGGCCACAUACCUAAAGUUAUUCCAGUGUAAGGUUCGCCAUACUAACUUCCCUCAGAUGGGACCGUUCCUGCGUGCUGCCUACAACAGUUUUCCGACUCUCCCGCCAGUUCAAGAUCCUUCCCCGCCCUUGCCCACCUCCAAACCUUUCCGGGCCACCCCUGUAGCGCCUUACAGCCGCCAUUUUAAACAACACUAUCGCGAGAUAUACUUAGCCGUCUCGAGCCUGACUCAUUUACUUUCUUGCGAGAGGCUCUUCCCGGCUGUUCUCGCCGUAGCUGUGGAAACUGUCGCGAGAGCUGGUUGCCUUGGCUCCCUGUAGCUAUAGCAGCCGCGGCGGUUAAGGAUGCGGCGGCAGAAGCGGAGACAGAGUUUUGAAUAUCCGUCAGUCUGGAAAUAAAAGGAGUCUUUUAGGACUUAAAAUCACUGCGAGGGCAAAGCAUUUACACUGAGUCUCAAGGACUGUUUUCUAGAGACAGCAUUUUUUAACUUUCAGCGUAUAGAACCUGUACAUGUUUUUGCUCUCUGGCACAGCUGGCUAGUCUAGUCACGGAGGAAAAGAGAAGAGAUUUUCUGAAGUUGUGGAUGGAAUAAUAGAAGAUGUUUGGGACACAUUAAAGAACAACAGCAGAGCAACAACAGCAGAAACUCCAUGUUUUUCAAACAAACUUCUUAGCUUUCUGAAAUCUAUGCCAAUUGCUUAGAACCUGGGUUUUUAUUUCAGAGGAUGAUGGGACAAUGGGACAGGGCAGUAGAAGGCGAGGAGAGUUGUGCUGGAUUCUUGGUUGUCUGUCUGCCUCUCCUUCCAGUUGGGAAAAUCUUCAAUCCACAGGAAGCAUUAUAAACAAGCCUAAAGAACACACUCUACCCUGAUCCUGGGUUCUGUUGGAGUUGAGGAUUACAGCCACUUCACCAGGAUUUUAUGGAGGCAGUUCAAGAAAAAUAGAAGGAAGCAACACUUAAGGAUUUCUCUGUUUGAAUUUGUCCUGUGCCAUGUUAUUUUAGGUAUUGUUUGGAACAAGUUGAGGAGAGCUCUGGCUUGUGGAUCUAAGGAUGCCCGAGUUUCUUGAGCUACCUAUAUGAUUUGGAAAGGUUGUAAAUUCAAAGUCCUUCAACAUAAAUUUGUUAAAUUCUGAAUUCUUUUUAUAUUAAGGACUUCAACAAACACUAAGGACUCCCCCAAAGAUACAAAAUUUUCUCUUGUUUUCAGGCUAAAUGUGAACAGUAAUGUCUUGGAAGAGAAAUUAUUUUUCAGGGGGCCGUGGUAGUGUCCAGGGGAUGUUUGCUCCUCGAAGCUCAACCUCCAUAGCUCCCAGCAAAGGCCUCAGCAAUGAGCCAGGACAAAACAGCUGCUUCCUCAACAGUGCCUUGCAGGUUUUAUGGCACUUGGACAUCUUCCGACGUAGCUUUAGGCAGCUUACAACUCACAAAUGCAUGGGAGAUUCCUGCAUCUUCUGUGCUCUCAAGGGGAUCUUUAACCAGUUUCAGUGCAGUAGUGAGAAAGUGCUUCCAUCUGACACUCUCCGCAGUGCUCUGGCAAAGACUUUUCAGGAUGAGCAGCGUUUCCAGCUGGGAAUUAUGGAUGAUGCCGCGGAGUGCUUUGAAAACCUCCUGAUGAGAAUUCACUUCCACAUUGCUGAUGAAACCAAAGAGGACAUAUGUACUGCCCAACACUGCAUCUCCCACCAGAAGUUUGCGAUGACACUGUUUGAGCAGUGUGUAUGUACCAGCUGUGGCGCCACUUCUGACCCACUGCCUUUCAUCCAGAUGGUGCAUUAUAUCUCCACUACUUCCCUUUGCAAUCAGGCUAUUUGUAUGCUGGAAAGACGAGAAAAACCCUCACCAAGCAUGUUUGGUGAGCUGCUGCAGAAUGCCAGCACCAUGGGGGAUCUGCGGAACUGCCCGAGCAACUGUGGAGAAAGGAUUCGGAUUCGCCGUGUGUUGAUGAACGCGCCACAGAUUAUUACAAUUGGGCUGGUAUGGGACUCAGACCACUCAGACUUGGCAGAGGAUGUCAUUCACAGCUUGGGCACCUGCCUUAAGCUGGGUGAUCUGUUUUUCAGAGUGACAGAUGACCGGGCCAAGCAGUCUGAACUCUACUUAGUAGGAAUGAUCUGUUACUAUGGCAAACAUUACUCUACAUUCUUUUUCCAAACAAAAAUCCGCAAAUGGAUGUAUUUUGAUGACGCUCAUGUCAAGGAGAUUGGGCCCAAGUGGAAGGAUGUGGUGACCAAAUGCAUCAAGGGGCAUUAUCAGCCUUUGCUGCUGCUUUAUGCAGAUCCCCAGGGUACCCCAGUGUCCACCCAGGACUUGCCCCCCCAAGUUGAGUUCCAGUCAUACAGCAGGACGUGCUACGAUAGUGAAGAUUCAGGGAGGGAGCCCUCCAUCUCAAGUGAUACUCGAACAGAUUCCUCAACGGAGAGCUAUCCCUACAAACACUUCCACCAUGAGUCUGUGGUCAGUCACUUCUCUUCUGAUUCUCAGGGGACAGUCAUCUAUAAUGUGGAGACUGAUUCCACGUCUCAGAGCAGUCGGGACACAGGACACCUGACUGAUAGUGAAUGUAAUCAGAAACUCCCAUCCAAGAAAGGGUCACUGAUAGAGCGCAAGAGGAGCUCUGGCCGGGUCAGGAGGAAAGGCGAUGAGUCUCAGGCCUCAGGGUACCACAGUGAAGGAGAAACACUGAAAGAGAAGCAGGCUCCUAGGAAUGCCUCCAAAUCAUCCAGCAGCACCAACAGGCUAAGGGAUUUUAAAGAGACAGUCAGCAAUAUGAUCCAUAACAGACCAUCCCUGGCUUCUCAGACCACCCUGGGACCUCCUUGUGUGGGGAGGGGAGGAGAACAGACUGACAGGAAACCUGCUCGGAGCCUGCCUUUGCACGCUCGUGAUUGGGAAGUAGAGAGCACCAGCAGCGAGUCCAAAUCCAGUUCUUCCAGCAAGUAUCGUCCGACAUGGAGGCCCAGGCGGGAGGCUCUGAAUAUCGACAGUAUCUUUAGUAAGGACAAAAGGAAGCACAGUGGCUAUACCCAGCUUAGCCCCUUUUCUGAAGAUUCAGCAAAAGAAUUUACACCAGAUGAGUCAAGCAAGCCACCUGCUCACAACAUUAAAACUGGAGGACCAAGCCCCCAGUACAAGAUCUGGGGCCCAGCACGGCCAGGCUGUCACCUUUUAGAGCAACACCCUCGCCUAAUCCAGCGAAUGGAAUCUGGCUAUGAGAGCAGUGAGAGGAACAGCAGCAGCCCUGUCAGCCUGGAUGCAGCCCUGCCUGAGAGCUCAAGUGUCUGCAGGGAUCCAAGUGCUAAGAGGUCAGCGGGGUUGGCCCCCUCCUGGCGUCACAUCCCGAAGUCUCACAGUAGCAGCAUCCUGGAGGCAGAUUCCGCUGUGUCUAGGAGUGGCUGGAUGAAGAAUCAGCCACUUUCAGGUGGGGAGAUAUCUUCCAAAACUGAACUGGAUGAAUUGCAGGAAGAAGUGGCCAGAAGGGCACAGGAGCAGGAACUUCGGAGGAAACGAGAGAAGGAAUUAGAGGCAGCUAAAGGGUUUAACCCUCAUCCCAGCCGCUUCAUGGACUUGGAUGAACUGCAGAAUCAGGGGAGGAAUGACGGCUUUGAGAGGUCCCUGCAAGAGGCAGAGUCAGUGUUUGAAGAGUCGCUGCGUCUGGAGCAGAAGGGAGACUGUGCUGCCGCUUUGGCUCUCUGUAACGAAGCUAUCUCUAAACUAAGACUUGCCCUGCAUGGUGCCAGCUCUAGCACGCACAGCAGAGCCCUAGUCGAUAAGAAGUUGCAAAUCAGUAUUCGAAAAGCACGGAGCCUGCAGGAUCGCAUGCAGCAGCAGCAAUCAUCUCAGCCGCCGUCGCAGCCCUCAGCCUGCCUCCCCUCACAGGGGGGAGCCCUCCCUCAGCCAACAAGUGAACAGCCUAUCCCGCUCCAAGUAUUGUUAAGCCAGGAGGCCCAACUGGAACCCUACACGAAUACGGAGUUUGGGGCCAGUGCUUUCAUUUACUCACCUGCUUCCUGCCAUGAGUCACUCUCGCCGUUAUUCCCAGAGCCCUCCGCCCUGUCUGCUCCGCAGCACAGCUCCCCACGUGGGUCUGCCUCGAACCUUCUUGCUCCAGUUGAGGUGGACAGUGCUGACCCCUCUGUGUUUCACAGGCAGGGCUUACCUAGAACACCAGGGAGAACUGAGACGGACUCUCCUCAUGGUUGGGAACCAGAGGAUGAGCGGCAGAGCUGCAGGGGUGAUGACAGCAGCUGCACCAGGUUCCCCCAACAAGAAGGAAGAGACACUGAUCAAGAACAGCUAUUCCAAGAAAAGAGGGAUCCUGCUGACUCAUCCCUGGCGAUGCCUUGGUCACAGCCAAUUGGAAUAACAGCCACCUCUGAGAGAGGAGACUCGCACAGUCUAGGCUGUGGUCCUUCAAGUUCAGCAGCUCAGCCUAGCCUUUCUCUGCACAGGGCCUGCCACCCCGUAAAGCCUGCUCCUUCCUCAUCUGUGCUUCACUCUUCUAAUGCUGUACAGAAAACUAACCAAUGCCUCCAAACCCAAAACCUCAAAACUCCAUUGACUUCAAAUAUGGACCGAGGCAGCGAGGAGCCCUCUAUGCCAGAGUUUCCUACCACCAAGGGGCUUGUCCGCUCUUUGGCAGAGCAGUUCCAGAGGAUGCAUGGUGCCUCCACCAGGGAUGGUACAGGUGCCCAGGAUAGAAGUUUGCCAAAUAGUCUAAGGAAGGACUCUCCACCUUCUGACUGUAAGCCUCCUUUUCCACAGGGUCAAGGGAAAGGCCACUGGUCUUGGGCAAAACAACAGCCCUCUUUGGAUGGUAGGAACAAACUGCCUUCCUGGGAAGAGCCUGCUAAUCAUCCUUCUCUUGCCAUGAACUGUGGGCCGCCUAAUGGUGAAGCUUCUAGGGGAGGACAGCCCAGGUUGGCAGAGUCAGGUAUUUACCAUGGGAAACCGUCUCAAGUGAGAGAUACUGGGCCUAAGGAGCUGGGCAGCAGUGUCGAUUCAGGGACUUCCUUGCCUUUGGAUUCUUGGGUGAAUGUCACAAGGCUGUGUGAUUCUCAGCUUAAACAUGGGGUCCCUGGGCCAGGAAUGAAGUCCUCCCCUCAUGAUUCCCAUACCUGUGUAACCUAUCCAGAAAGAAACCACAUCAUUUUGCAUCCACAUUGGAACCAGGACACAGAGCAGGAGACCUCAGAAUUGGAGUCUCUCUACCAAGCCAGUCUUCAGGUUUCUCAAUCUGGCUGUUCUGGAUGUGGGCAGCAGGAAGUAGUCUGGAACCCGCUGAGCCAAACAGGCUCUGCAGAUGGUGUAGGGAGGAGGCUGCACUCAGCCCCUCGCCUUGGUCUCUCAAAGACCCCAACAGCAGAAAUGGAGCACAGUCUCCAUGAAGCCAACACUGUGUCUGCUUCUCAGGCCGCACCUUGCCGAGGCCCCAGCAGGGAGUGUGGGGAGGAUGAUCAGUAUGGUGCGGAGAACUUUCGGCGCAUCUCACGCAGUCUCAGUGGCACUGUUGUCUCAGAGAGGGAGGAGGUCCCAGUCUCUUCCCACAGUUUUGAUUCAUCAAGCGUGAGGAGAAAGCCUUUGGAAACCCGGCAUCGUUGUUCCAGCUCCUCUUCCCUCCCUGUCAUCCAUGACCCUCCUGUAUUUCUCCUUGGUCCCCACCUCUACCCACCCCAACCACAGUUCCUGUCCCCAGAUGUCUUGAUGCCCAGCAUGGCAGGGGAGCCCCAUAGACCCUCAGGAACUUCAAGGAAUGUCCAGCAGUUUCUGGCUAUGUGUGACAGGGGUGAAACUUCCGAAGGGGUCAAGUACACAGGAAAGACUUUGAACUACCGGAGUCUCCCGCAUCGUUCCAGACCAGAUGCCUCCCGGGGACCAUGGUCAGAGGCCAACCAGCAUAUUGGGGCCAGAUUCCUGACUACUCCAGGGUGCAAGCCUCAGCUAACCCACACUGCCACACUACCAGAAAGACACCAGGGCCUUCAGGUUCCUCAUGCUCAGUCCUGGGGGGAUCUUUUCCAUUCACCCUCCCAUCCUUCUGUUGUUCACCCUGUGUCGCCAUCAUCAAGCAGUCUUCGUGUACCCAUGAGGUCAGCUUGGAAUUCAGGUCCUGUUCCAGGGUUUCGAGCCCCUGGUCCUCGAAGAGUAGAUAUGCCCCCAGAUGAUGACUGGAGGCAAAGCAGUUAUGCCCUGCCAUCUAGACACAGGAGGACAGGGAGAGAGGAGUUUCUUUUUGUCCUAGCAGAUGCCCCUGGCAGAGAACAGAUGAGGGGAAGAGCCCUGCAGCAGGGCAGGUGGUAAAGGUCACCCGUUUCCUCUCCUGGAGCCACAGCUUUCUCUGUUAAGCUGUACUGCAGCAGAGUUGGUACCCUGCAUCCCUGCCAAGGUUGUGCAAGUCUUAUCUCAACACAGAGUUGGCAGUUUCUCCCAGGGGUGCCAGGA